CUUGAGAGUUGACCUGAAGGGUAGUGUAGGCUUGGGUCUCCCCGCCCCUCCCCCUGUCGGAAGGGGCUGGUGUGGAAAUGUGGAGGGACCUCCUGCUUGUCACCUUUGCACCUGUCCUCACUUACAUGGAAAGUCAAUUGCUUCACUCGGUCUUUCCGAAGUACAGGGUGUGGGCAGAAUCUUAUCUGAAGCCAUGUCCUGUUUGGACAAGUUGGACUCGCCCUGGCAGCUCUCCAUGGGGUGGAGCAGAUGGGUGGAGGCAGAAAAAAAAAAUUGGGUGGCCUGUUCGCCGAGGAGGAGGGCGGAUUGUUUGCUCUCUGGAGCAUUAUAUUCCAUCUGCAGCGAAAUAAUUCAUUUCUCUCCCUUUUACAAAACACGGUAUAACCCGCAAACAUAAUUUAUGAGAGGCAAAGCUUUGGAACUGUUCCGUGGGACUCUUUUCAAAUCGACAGGAGAAGACGGAGGUGGGUGAAGAGACUUGGGUGGUGUGAAAACUGGACACCCUUCCAGGCCAAACAUCAGAACACCCUAGAAGGCUUAACUAAAAGAAUGCUCAUGUUUGACCCAGUCCCUGUCAAGCAGGAGGCCAUGGACCCUGUCUCUGUGUCCUACCCAGCGAAUUACAUAGAGUCGAUGAAGCCCAACAAAUUUGGGGUCAUUUACUCCACACCGUUACCUGACAAGUUCUUCCAGACCCCAGAAGGCCUUACUCACGGGAUACAGAUGGAGCCGGUGGACCUCACUGUGAACAAGCGGGGCUCGCCGCCCUCUGCUGGCAGCUCUCCCUCCUCCCUCAAGUUCCCAUCCCACCGGAGAGCCUCCCCUGUGCUGAGCAUGCCGCCCUCCAGCCCGCCCAUUAAGAAAUACUCGCCCCCUUCCCCCGGAGUGCAGCCCUUCGUACCGUUGUCCAUGCCGCCAGUGAUGGCCGCCGCGCUGUCCAGACACGGCAUCCGGAGCCCCGGCAUCCUCCCUGUCAUCCAGCCCGUGGUGGUGCAGCCCGUCCCGUUUAUGUACGCCAGCCACCUCCAGCAGCCGCUCAUGGUCUCCCUGUCGGAAGAGAUGGACAGCUCCAACAGCAGCAUGCAAGUACCUGUAAUUGAAUCCUAUGAGAAGCCCAUAUUACAGAAAAAAAUCAAAAUAGAGCCUGGGAUUGAACCACAGAGGACAGACUAUUACCCUGAAGAAAUGUCACCCCCUUUAAUGAACUCAGUGUCCCCCCCACAAGCACUGUUGCAAGAGAACCAUCCGUCGGUGAUAGUGCAGCCUGGGAAGAGACCUCUACCUGUGGAAUCCCCGGAUACCCAAAGGAAGCGGAGGAUACACAGAUGUGACUAUGACGGGUGCAACAAAGUCUACACUAAGAGCUCGCACUUGAAAGCACACAGAAGAACUCAUACAGGAGAAAAGCCCUACAAAUGCACCUGGGAAGGCUGCACAUGGAAGUUCGCUCGGUCUGAUGAACUCACAAGACAUUUCCGCAAACACACUGGAAUCAAACCCUUCCAGUGUCCAGACUGUGACCGAAGCUUCUCCCGCUCCGACCAUCUUGCCCUCCAUAGGAAACGCCACAUGCUGGUCUGAAAGCCUGCCCCACCUCAGUGUGACUCCCCCACUCUUCUGGCGCUCUGUCUCUCUCACUGUCUGUCUGUCUGUCUCUCUCUCUGUGUUCCUCUCUUCCUGCCCAUUAUCUAACUCAUUUUUUAUAUGUACAUUUUAAUUUCGAUUCAGCUGGUCUGAAUCUCUGGAUUUCUAUCAUUCAAGACUUCCGUAUGGUCAGUAGUCGAUUCUCUAACCCUCCCUUUCCUUACCACGGGUCAGACCUAAAGAAUGUGAACAUUUUUUUUUUCCGGGGAUGCUAAGCAAACCCUCCUUACAGAUAGAUACGUUUAAUGUCAUGAGAACAAGGGAACAUGUAAACUAAUGACCAACUUGUCAGUUUCUCCAUGUAUUCCUCAAAAGAAUGUCAAAGUAAAUGUAUCAGAAAUACAGUAUCCAGCCCGCUAGUCCUUGCCAGAGACCUUCGUACCUCCGCCACAUUUUGUGUUUGACAACCAAGGGGAUGUGGUUCCUUUCACCAGUUAGCAAGAUCCACAGAGAAGCCAAGCUGGUCCUGUCGCCUCUGCCGUGGCCCUUCCCACUUGCUUGUUGGCCUGGAUUACCAACUCCGCUACAUCAAGUCCUUUGUCCUCCGUGGUGCCUGAAGCUCAUGUGGAGGCCUUUGACACCCCAGGAGCUGAGCCCAAGUUCUGUCUGAGUGUGGGGAAGAAGCAGAAGCUACUUCUUCUGUAGAGUGGAGGAGGAAGUCAGCAUUCCUGGAUAGGACUAUCCGGGCCAUUAACAUUAGCCGUGCGGUGCUUUUGUUGAAUGUCAUCCCCAGGCGUAGCUCACCUAAGCAGACCCUUGCUGCAAAGCUGGAUACCCGUAGGGUUAUUGGUGCCACCGCCUCCGUUCCUGCAGGAUCCUUCGCUGUGGGUCACAAAGCAUUGAGAGUAAGGAAUCCACAGAAAUGUUUGCCCCGGUCAUGUACAAACAAACAGAAACUUUUGAGACAGUAUAAAAUGGUCUCUCCUACCCGCCCAACCUGCUAAGAGUGUUUUGUUUUGUUUUUUUUUUUUGCAAACAGGAAAAACGUUGAGUGGUACUUAUAUUCCCAUAUCCAGUUAGUCACAUAGCUCUCAUAGGGAGCUUUUUUUGUGUGAGCUGUAUGGUGUCAAACCAGCUGUCGUUCGUGUCCAUGACACAUAGCAUACAUGAGCAUCCACUAAGCUUGAGGGAAGUCAUUGAAUUAAGACCUGAGUGACAGACACUAUUUGUAAAUAUAACUAGUGUGAAGCACAUAGAUCUUUAUUUUGGUGACAGAUUUUUGAAAAAUAGAGAAAAAAAAAAAAACCACAAUUCAGGGAUUUAUAUAUGUAGCUUGAAGAUUCCCACAAGUUUCUGCCGGAGCUAGCAAUUUCCUGUCGCUACUAUGUAUCCUGUUAGGACAAACUAAAAACAAUGACCCGUGUUGAUGUUGAAGAUAAGUAGCAUCAUUUGUGGGGGGAGGGGGGGCGUUUUUUCAAAAGCAGGCUUUUGAACUACCGUAGUCCAAAUGCCAACGAUCCACACGUAGAAAUGCCAUUGGUUAUAAAUUGGAAGAAAAUGGGCACAGUGGUCAGAUAUGGUUGCAUAUGACCAACAGCUCCUCCAUCCCUACAGAGGAUGGAGGGGAAGAGGGGAGAGAAUCCUAACAAUACGUCCCGGCCACAGCUCAGGAGCCCACACACCUGGGAGGAACACGCUACUUGAUUGUUCUUGACCGUCUAGUGAUACUGGCGGCCUGCACCCGAGCAGGGAGCUCUCUUCGAUGGCACUAGGUUCAGAGCUGCAGGGACUGCGUGCAGGAGGUCCUGCUCAGCCCUGUGAACCCCGCAGAGGGGAAAUGUAGGGGAAAACUAAAGAAAUGUUAUCUUGGCACUUGGGUUCCUUUUCAUUCUUUUUUCUUUUCUUUUUUUUUUUUUUAGCACUGCAAAAAAAAAUUUUUUUCAGGCUGCUAAAGCAUGCUAAUUAGGCCCUCACUUUUCUCUUUUGUUUGCAACUACGGCAUGAAUUGGGGAGUGGAAAGUCUCUUGGAAAAGCAGGGUCUCCAUUGUCAGCAUUGAGUCACGUUCAUGCCAACACCAUCGUGUCCUGAAGUGGUCCUCGUUUGUGUUCCAACCCCAAUGAGAAAGGAAAGGGUGCAGGGAAGGACAGAAUUAGCUUUGCUGCGGCUUUGCGCCGAAGUCCAGUUAAUGGCUUCGUGACGUAUUUAAAUUGUGUUCAAAAGUCUGUAUUACGUUACUCUUUAGCUUGCUUAGAUCAUGUUAACAGUUCAAUCAGAAAGAUCCAUUUUAAAUCUGAAAGGAAAGUAACCCAAAGAAUCCGUUCUCUAUUCCCAUGCUGGUCUGAUAUACUCUUCAUUCAUUGGCCCUUACCAAAUUUUCUUAUAUGUGUAUGUAUUUGUAUUUUACUAUGAUAAGUGUUGAGAAAUGUAGUCUCUUAGUUUUUUGGGUUUUUUUUUUUUUAAGCUGUUUUUUUUUUGUGUGUGUGUGGAAGAUACAAGAUAAGAUGCCCUGGGUUUUGGAUGACGUGCUGUGUUACAGUCAGUGGUGGCCCCAUUGCAGUGUUUUAAAUUGAUGAGAGCAGGCUGUAAACAUGAAGUCAGGGCCAUGUAAAUUGUCACAGAGUUCAUUCGAUUACGUAGCUCAAGUAUCAUCUUGGGGAAGUUAAAAUGAAAUCAGAAUAUCUUGUGUUUUCCCGUUUCCCAGUUGGAGUGUACAUCAUUAAAUGGGCAUUUAGCAAUCUCACGUCACUUGGUUUGGAGGCUGUGCGGCAUAGCUUUGUUCAACUAAGAAGAUGCUAAAUUCGCGGACGUUUUGAGAGCCUUGGAACAGAAUUACAGGGGAGUGAUCUAUGUAUGUGUAUGUUGUAUUAAACACCCAAUGCACUAUAUCAGUAUUGCACUAAUGUGGAAUUUGAGAGACUUGCUGAUACUGUAAUCUGCACGCCAUCCUUUAGGUUGUAAAGACAAUCUCAGAGAUCAGAGGUUUUAUAGUAAUUUGGUUUGAAAAUAGAAUCGUCUUGAAGGAAUUGCUAACGUACAUGAAGUCACUUGAGUUUUCUUUAUUCUCUUCUUGGUCAAGGUUAACAGUUUCUAAAUGAUUGCAGAUUCACUUAAUCCAUUUACAAAGCCAUUUUACAUGCAUUAAACGGGGGCUACAACGUGUUUUACAAAUACUAGCACUUUUUUUUCUCCUGUUAUGUACUUAGUGUUAGAGGGUCAGAAUAGCCUCUCUGCUUAGCAUCUCUUACACCCUCCCUGCAAGCCAUAGCAGGGUUAUUGCAUUUACAGGACUUUAAUACUUGUAUAAACUAUGCAGAAAUUUUUAAUAAAGUGUAAUAUAUUUUAUAAGCUAAUAAGACUGAAUGGGUAAAGGUUUUUAGCAUGCAUUAGUAUACUUGCAAAUACUGAAACAUUUUGGUAAUCUUUCUUACUAAAGAUGUGAAUGUUUAAAUGUACCUUCUCUGUUUCUACCCUGUAGUCCAAUGGGAAUUCAGUAAUGACAUUUUGUCAUGUCAAACUGUGAACAUAAAUUUGUACUGUACAGUCCUCAUAUACUAUAUACAGUAUGCAAUAUAUGUAUUAUAUACUUGUUAAUAAAACCAUCCGAAUAUUA